AUGUCCCGUCCGCCGUCACGAGCGGCGUCUCUGUUCUCCUCACGCCCAUCAACCCCAGCCCCUAGUACGGUCUCUCGCGACCCCGAUUCCCUCGAUGUCUGGAUUCUAGGGAGUGGAAUUGCCUCGUUAACCGCGGCCGUACACCUCAUCAGAGAAGCCAAGGUGCCUCCGUCGCGAAUCCACAUCCUCGAAGCAUUGAGCGAGCCAGGCGCGGGAUCAGUGGGUAAAGGCGAUGCCGAGUCGGGCUACCACUUUCGCGCGGAAUGUAUGCCUCAGUUCUGCGGCAGUCGAAUGGAGGAAUUACUCGCGCUGGUGCCGUCGGAGAGGCCCGAGAAAAGCGUCUGGGAUGAUAUCCGGCAGUACUUUGAAGAACAUGUAUCGAAGCAGGCGUCGCGGACGAGGUUCCUGGCUCGGCGGAAGAACGGUCUCGAGCGGAUUGGACGACGGAGACUCCAUCUGGGGGUCAAGGAUAGGAUGGAUCUGUUCCGGCUGUCGUCCAAGGCGGAGGAUGCGCUGGGCCGGUCCCGCAUUCAAGACCAUUUCUCCGAGGGGUUCUUCAGGACGGAGUACUGGCUGGUGCUGUCGACGCUCGCUGCCGAGUUCCGCCGUUUCAUCCAGCAUUUCCCGCAUGAUAUCCAGACGCAUCAUCCUCGUCCCCUGGACCAUUUCCGCUUCAACCUGCAUGACUCCGUUGUCGCCCCGGUUGCUCGCUUCCUACAGGCACAGGGAGUUGACUUUCGCUUCAACACCAUCACGACUGAUAUCAUCGUCGAGCCAGCACAGGACCCUACUCGCGUGACAACCCUGCGUACAGUAUACAAAAGCGAGCGCGAGGUAACCAUUGAUCUUGGCCCACACGAUAUUAUAAUUGUUUCUUUGGGAUCCGUCUUGUCCGGCGCUUCCUGCGGGUCAAACACAGAGCCGCCCUCGUUAGAGAUGAUGGAGAUCGAGAAAGACCUCGACGACAACUGGCUGCUGUGGCUGGAACUGGCAACCAAGCAUCCCAAAUUCGGCAACGCAUACAACUUUUGUACGCGACUGCGGGAGUCCCGGGUGGCAUACUUUACCGUCACAGUCAAGAAUCCGGCUGUUUUCGAGAAGAUGCUUGGGAUCACCGGCGAUGACCCUGCAACGGGCUCGUUGGUCACUCUGAGAGAUAGCAGCUGGUUGCUUACCCUGAAUUUGCCCCGGCAACCGCUGUUCCCUGAUCAACCGGACGGGGUUCGAGUAUUCUGGGGGUACGCACUCGACCCAGAGAACGAAGGGGAUUUCGUCAAGAAACAGAUGCUAUCCUGUUCAGGCGAGGAAAUACUGACAGAGGUUCUGCGUCAGCUUGAUCUUCCAGUCGAUGAAAUCCUGCCUCAGACAAUUACUGUUCCAUGUGUGAUGCCGCGAUUGACGUCCGUCUUACUGCCGAGGAGUAAUGGGGAUCGGCCGCGGGUGGUUCCCCCAGGAAUGACCAACAUGGCCCUCAUCGGGCAGUUUGUAGAUAUCCCCGAGGAGAUGGUCACCAUGGACUAUAUGGUGCGAGGAGCGCAGAUGGCGGUGCACCAGCUGAUGGGGCUGGAGAGGGAGAUGAAGAAGUCGAAGAAGGGAUCUACGGUGAGCCUGCUGGGGUUUCCGAAGGACUAG